AUGAAUAAAUUAAUAACAUCAAAAAUUAUUUAUAAAGAAAUAAUUAAAUUUUGUUUUAAUGAAAAAGGAAAAUGGAAAUAUCAAUUAGCAUUAGUAAAUAAACAAUGGUUUGGGUUAAUUAAAAAGACAAUUUAUUCAUUUUUAGUUGAAGAUUUCAAUAGUUUACUUUAUUUAGAAAAAAGAUUAAAAAUAAUUUAUAAAAUUCAAGAAGGUCAAAGAAGAUUAGAUUAUCAUAAUAAAUAUUUCCAUAGUAGUAAUUUAAUUUAUAAUGAUAAUAGUAAUAAUUAUUAUUCAUUAUUAAAUGGAUUAAAAGAAAUUAAAUUUCUAAAUUUAGAUAAAAAUUCAAAAUUAAAUGGUGAAUUUAAAAAUAAUGAAAAUGAAAAAGAAAUUCAAGAAUAUGAAUUAAUAUUAAAAUCAAUUAGAGAAUUAAUUUGUAAAAUUAUUUCAAUUAAUAAAUUAAAAUUUACAAGAUCUGAUAAAUUUUAUUUAGAUUUUAAACCAUAUUCAAAUUAUUUAUCAAGUUUUUAUAUUAAAUCGUCAAAUGAAAUCACAUUUCCAUUGAAUAUAAUUGGAAAUACAAUUACAAAUUCACCAAAUUUAAAAACAUUAUCAUUAUCAUCAUUUUGCUAUUGUUCAAAUCCAAUUGAAUUUUUUAAAUCAAUUUCAAAAUCAAAUAUUGUAAAUUUUUAUUUAAAUAUUCAAUCAUCUGGAAAUUUAUUAAUUGAUCGUCUUUUAGAUUUAAAUUAUACUUCUAUCAAAGUCUCUGGUGCAAAAUUAUUUUUAACAAGAUUUAAUCAACUAGUUUCAACACCUGGUAUUGAAUAUAUUGAUUCACCAAUUCAUAUAAUGGAAAAUGAACCAAUUGAAAAUAUUAAAACAUUUUGUAACAAUAUUCAAAAUAAUAAUUCAAUUUUAAAAUUAUCAAUUUCUGGUGGUUUAUAUAAUAAUUUUAAUUAUAAUAAUGAUAAUAACAAUAAUAAUGAAAAUGUUUUAAAUUCACAAUUAAAUUUAAUAAUUUUAUCAAAUUUAUUUUCAAAAGUUUUUUAUUAUAAUAAUACUAUAAAAUCAUUAUGUAUUAAUAAAUUACCUAUUUUAACAUCAGAAUUUUUUAAUUCUUUAAAAUCAAAUUCAACAAUUGAUCAUUUAGAAUUAACUGAUGGUACAUUAAAUUUAGAUUUAUUAAAUGAUCUUUCAAAUUUAUUAAUAACAACAUCAUCAUGGCCAUGUGGAAAUGGUGAAAUAUUAAAUAAAUCAAAUAUUAAAUAUUUAUCAAUUAGAAAUAAUAAUCUUUCAGAUAUAAAUUCAAGUUUAUCAAUUAUGUUUUUAAAUAAUAAAACAUUAAGAGGUAUCGAUUUAUCAAAUAAUGAUUUUACAAUUCAUCAAACUGCAAAAAUAUUUGAAUCAAUUUCAAAUAAUAAAUUCUAUAUUAAUAAUUUAUAUAAAGUAAAUUUCUCAAAUAGUUGUAAAUUCCAAACUAAAGAAUCAAUUAAACCAAUUAAUGAUUAUAUUAAUAAUAGUAAAUCAUUAAUUGCAAUUAAUCUUUAUAAUUGUUAUUUUAAUGAACAAUUAGAUAAUAAACAACAAAAUCAACAACAACAACAACAACAACAACAACAACAACAACAACAACAACAACAACAACAACAACAACAACAACAACAACAACAACAACAACAACAACAACAACAACAAAGUCAAGAAUUUAAUAAACAAGAUCAACAAGAUCAACAACAACAACAAUUAUUAAGUAAUAAUAAUGAUAUGAUUUUAUUUUCAAAGAAAUUUGAUUAUAGAUCAUUUUUUAUUGUAUAA